CACGCGCGCCGGAAACGCGCAUCUUCCGCGCGCCGCUGGCACUGAGGGAAGGAAGUUAAGGCCUGAGCGGCCUGGUCUGUGAUUGAAAGGCCGCGGGCGGUAGCGGCAGCGGCAGCGGCGGUAGCAGCACCUUGUACAUCCUGAAGGCGGCACGAUGGGAGACGAGAUGGAUGCCAUGAUCCCUGAGCGGGAGAUGAAGGUGAUCCAGAGUACCUAAAGUGGAACCAAGAAACACCAUCUGCCUUCAAAAUCCCUAGUUAGGAGGAACAGAAAGUCAAGUUUGGCACCGGAAAUCAGCUUGAAGUCAUGUGACUAAAGGGAAGGACUUUCAGUUUAGAGCACUGAAGAGAGUGAGGAUCUUUGACUCUCCUGAAGAGCUGCCCAAGGAGCGCUCGAGUGUGCUUACCAUAUCCAAUAAGUAUGGGAUGCUCUUCGCUGGCGGCACCAAUGGCUUGAAUGUUUUUCCUACUAAAAACCUUCUUAUCCAAAACAAACCUGGAGAUGAUCCCAAUAAAAUUGUUGACACAAUCCAAGGAUUGAAUGUUCCUAUGAAAUUCCCAGUACAUCAUCUGGCACUGAGCUGUGACAACCUUACACUCUCUGCAUGCAUGAUGUCUAGUGAAUAUGGCUCCAUUAUAGCUUUUUUUGAUGUUCGCACAUUUUCAAAUCAGGCUAAACCACUGAAACGUCCAUUUACCUAUCACAAGAUUUCAAAUGAUGCCAGCGGGAUGGUGAAUGAUAUGAAGUGGAACCCCACUGUCCCUUCCAUGGUGGCAGUUUGUCUGGCUGAUGGCAGUAUUUCUGUCUUGCAAGUUACAGAUGUGGUGAAAGUGUCCGCCACUCUUCCUCCUUCAACGGGAGUCACAUGUGUAUGCUGGAGCCCCAAAGGAAAGCAGCUGGCAGUAGGAAAGCAGAAUGGAACUGUGGUCCAGUAUCUUCCUACUUUGCAGGAAAAAAAGGUCAUUCCAUGCCCUCCAUUUUAUGAGUCAGAUCAUCCUGUCAGAGUUCUAGAUGUGCUGUGGAUCGGUACAUAUGUCUUCACCAUAGUCUACGCUGGUGCGGAUGGCACCUUGGAGACCUGUCCAGAUGUGGUGAUGGCUCUACUCCCGAAAAAAGAAGAAAAACACCCAGAAAUAUUUGUGAACUUCAUGGAACCCUGCUACAGCAGUUGCACAGAGCGACAGCAUCAUUACUACCUCAGCUACGUCGAGGAGUGGGAUUUAGUGCUGGCAGCAUCUGCAGCUUCAACAGAAGUUAGCAUCCUUGCUCGACAAAGUGAUCAGACUAAUUGGGAAUCUUGGCUACUGGAGGACUCUAGUCGAGCUGAACUGCCUGUGACAGACAAGAGUGAUGACUCCUUGCCCAUGGGUGUUGCCAUAGAUUAUACCAAUGAAGUAGAAGUCACCAUCAAUGAAGAAAAGACUCUUCCUCCUGCUCCGGUUCUCCUGUUACUUUCAACAGAUGGUGUGCUUUGUCCAUUUUAUAUGAUCAACCAAAAUCCUGGAGUUAGGUCCCUAAUCAAGACCUUGGAACUGAUCUCAACAGAAGGAGAGCGACAGCCUAAGUCCUCAGGAAGUUUUCCUAGUACUCCACCUUCCCCUCAAGCUCCACAAAACCUGGACGAUCCAGCAACAGCCUCUUCGUCUCUUCCACCUGUGUCUGCUGCUCCCGCGGCUACCUUCCCUAUGCCCUCUGCUGCGGGAGGCCCUUCUGUGUUCUCCUUUGGUCCUUCAUCCUUCAAGUCCUCUACUUCUGUCACCGGGGAGCCCCCACCGUAUCCCAUUGGUUCUGACAGCUCCAGAGCAGCGCCAGGCUCUGGCACCUCCACUUUCUCUUUUGCUCCUCCUUCCAAAGGCUCCCUGGCCCCGACCCCUGCAGUAGCUCCUGUGGCCACAUCUGCUGCUCCCUUCACUUUUGGAUCAUCAGGUUUUAAGCCAACCAUGGAAAACAUACCUAUGUCCAGUACCCCAAACACAGGGGUGAAGCCUUCGUUCCCACCCUCGGCCUCUUCGGUGAAAGUCAACCUGAAUGAGAAGUUCACCGCUGUGGCCUCCUCUACACCCAUUCAUAGCUCCACGAGCACACCUUCUGUGUUGCCGUUCUCUUCCUCCCCAAAGCCAGCGGCUUCUGGACCACUCAGCCAUCCCACACCUCUUCCAGCAUCACCCAGCUCCAUACCUUUGAAGUCUCCAGUCUCUCCCUCGCCAUCAGCUGGCCGCUCCACUCAGACUGCUCCAAGUUCAGCACCCUCCACGGGGCAGAAAUCACCCAGAGUAAACCCUCCAGUGCCAAAGUCAGGUUCUUCUCAGGCCAAGGUACUUCAGCCUCCUGUCACAGAGAAACAGAGGCAUCAGUGGAAAGAUUCAGACCCCGUGCUAGCUGGAAUUGGAGAGGAGAUUGCACACUUCCAGAAAGAACUAGAGGAGUUAAAGGCCCGGACUUCCAAAGCCUGUUUCCAGGUUGGCACCUCAGAAGAGAUGAAGAUGCUGCGGACAGAAUCAGAUGACUUGCACACCUUCCUUUUUGAGAUUAGAGAGACCACAGAGUCUCUCCAUGGAGACAUAAGUACUCUGAAAACAACUUUGCUGGAGGGCUUUGCUGGGGUCGAAGAAGCCAGAGAACAGCAUGGAAGAAAUCAUGAUUCUGGGUAUCUCCACCUGCUUUAUAAAAGACCACUGGAUCCCAAGAGCGAGGCCCAGCUCCAGGAAAUUCGCCGCCUUCACCAGUAUGUGAAAUUUGCUGUCCAGGAUGUGAAUGAUGUCCUAGACUUAGAAUGGGAUCGACAUCUGGAGCAGAAGAAGAGACAGAGGCGCCUAAUUGUGCCAGAACGCGAGACCCUUUUCAACACACUAGCCAACAACCGGGAAAUCAUCAACCAGCAGAGGAAGAGGUUGAAUCACCUGGUGGAUAGUCUGCAGCAGCUCCGUCUCUAUAACCAGACGUCCCCAUGGAACCUGCCCUCAGCGCUUUCACCUCAAAGCAAUACUCAUAGUUUUGACAGUGACCUUGAAUGCCUGCUCAAAACUACCAUUGAAUCUCACACCAAACCUUCUCCCAGAGUGCCAGGUAAACUGUCCCCAGCGAAACAGGCCCAACUGAGGAACUUCUUGGCCAAAAGGAAGACCCCACCAGUGAGGUCCACUGCUCCAGCCAGCCUGUCUCGGUCAGCCUUCCUGUCUCAGAGGUACUAUGAAGACCUAGAUGAAGGCAGCUCCACAUCAUCCGUAGCUCACCCUCUGGAGGGAGAAGAUGCCCGGCCAACCUGCAAAGAGGAGGAGGCUGUGGUCCCAGGCCCUCGGCAUGCCCCUGUGGUCCGCACACCUUCUGUCCAACCCAAUCUCCUGCCUCAGGUGAUGCCUUUUGCAAAGCCUCACCUGAUCCAUAGUUCUUCACCUGCUGUGAUGAGCUCUUCAGUCUCUACAUCAGCCACCAAAGUUAUUCCUCAAGGAGCGGACAGCACAAUGCUGGCGACUAAAACAGUAAAGCACGGUGCACCGGGACCUUCCCAUGCUGUCACGGCUCCCCAGGCAGCAGCCGCGGCAGCCCUGAGACGGCACAUGGCCAGUCAGGCGCCAGGUAUGAGCACUCUGACCGAAUCAACUUUGAAGACUGUCCCUCAAGUGGUGAAUGUACAGGAGCUGAAGAGUAAUUCCUCACCCCCUUCUGCGGCCAUGGGUUCUUCGGUGCCGCACUCAGCAGCCAAAACCCCCCAUGCAGUGUUAACCCCAGUGGCUAACAGCCAAGCCAAGCAGGGGUCUCUGGUAAAUUCCUUCAAGCCACCAGGACCCACAGCAGCAUCCUGUCAGCUGUCCUCUGGGGAUAAAGCUCUAGGUCCAGGGACAGCCAAGACAGAGUCUGCUGUGACCUCAACUCCAUCUGCUGCUGGACAGCUCAACAAGCCUUUCUCAUUCGCCUCCCCAGGGACCUUUACUUUUGGGACAAUCACACCAAACCCAUCUUCUAGUUUCACUGCCGCACCAGGGGCAGCACCCCCCACUAAAGAGUCAAACCAGCUUGAAGCAUUCUCAUUUGGUGGGGGAGGCAAACCUUUUUGUGAGACCAUUCCUGGAAACUCCCCCACCACAGGAGCCGUAUCAGCACCCAGUACUUCUGUAACAACUGCCUCUCUGGAAGAGACUGCUCCAUCCAGCAGCAAACCUGCGGUUCCUGAAACUACUGUGUCCACUGCCUCUAGCAAAUUGGAAACUUCACCAUCCAAGUUAGGAGAGCUUCUGUUCCCAAGUUCUCUUGCUGGAGAGACGCUGGGGAGCUUCUCAGGACUGCGUGUUGGCCAAGCUGAGGAGCCUCCAAAAGCAGCUAGUAAGGCCGGAGCCCAGCCUGCCAAGACCUCAGGGGUUAGCUUCCCUAGUCCUUCAGUGUUAGGGAAGCCAGUAGAGCCCACUGGGACCUCCUCUGUGAGCCCUGCCCCAGCAGCCCCGGUCUCAGCUCUGAAUGCAAGCACUAGCAACUCCUCGGCAACUGUCUUUGGCAGUGUGCCCCUUCCCAGUGCUGGACCUUCUGGGCUAAUCAGUUUCGGUGGGACCUCUUUGGCUAGUAGCAAAGCUAGUUUCUCAUUUGGAAAUCAGCAGACUAGUAGUACAGCAGCAUCAGCUACCCCAACAACGACCUCAGUUGCCCCUUCCCUUCCAGCAUCUUUCCCUACUUUAUCAUUUGGUGGCCUCCUGAGUUCACCAUCAGCUUCUUCCCUGUCUAUGUCCUCUGGUAAGAGCACAGAGGAGGCCACACCACCAGCUGUGCCUGACAAGUCAGAACACAGUGAAGUUCCAGCAACAGCACCCUCACUUCCAGUACAGCCACAGUCAACCCAGCCUCCCCAGGCAUCUCUGCAAACUUCUGACCCUGUCAAAAAAGAACCUGUUCUUGUACAGAGCACAGACAGCAGCCUCAGCAGACCAGCAUCUUCUGCCAACCUUGUGGCAUCCACAGAGUCCACUCCAGUAGCCCCAGGGGGCCCUGACAGCAAGACAGAGGCAGUGUCUCCUACCACCUUUGCAGGGCCUGGACAGACUGCUGUGGCAGCAGCUGUUCUCCCAGGAGCAAGCUCAGCAGCCAGCGAAGCAUCUGGUACUCCUAGUACCUCCAGCACUGUCUCCAGCAGUACCCCAACUUCUGCCACAGAGACAGCUGCAUUUGGGACUGCCACUUCUGGCUCCUCGGUCUUCACACAGCCACCUGCUGCCAGUUCUAGCUCAGCGUUUAGCCAGCUCUCCAGUAACACAGCCACUGCGCCCUCUGCCACUCCCGUGUUUGGGCAGGUGGCAGCCAGCAUAAGCAGCACAGCCACCGCCACACCACAGGCCAGCAGUUCAGGAUUUGGCAGCCCUGCAUUUGGUGCUUCAGCUCCUGGAGUGUUCGGACAGACACCAUUUGGGCAGUCUCCAGCCUUUGGGCAAGCAACAAGUAGCCCUGCCAGUAGCUUCUCCUUCAGCCAGCCUGGGUUCAGCUCUGUGCCUGCUUUCGGCCAGUCUGCCUCUUCUACCCCAGCAUCCACCAGUGCAAAUGUCUUCGGAGCCACCUCAAGUACCAGCAGUCCCAGUUCCUUCUCAUUUGGACAGGCUUCUACUAAUACAGGAGGGACACUGUUUGGCCAAAACAACCCUCCUGCUUUUGGUCAGAGCCCCAGCUUUGGGCAGGGAGGCUCUGUGUUUGGUGGCACCUCGGCCACUACCUCUACAGCAGCACCUUCAGGGUUUAGCUUCUGUCAAGCCUCCGGUUUUGGGUCUAGUAAUACUGGUUCUGUGUUUGGCCAAGCAGCCAAUACUGGUGGAUCAGUCUUUGGCCAGCAGUCAUCCACUUCCAGUGGUAGCGUGUUUGGGUCUGGAAAUGCUUCAAGAGGGGGCGGUUUCUUCAGUGGCCUUGGAGGGAAACCCAGCCAGGAUGCUGCCAACAAAAACCCAUUCAGCUCCGCUAGUGCGGGCUUUGGAUCUACAGCUACCCCAAAUACCUCUAAUCUGUUUGGAAACAGCGGAGCUAAGACAUUUGGAGGGUUUGGCAGCUCAUCCUUCGGGGAACAGAAGCCUGCUGGCACAUUCAGCUCUGGCGGUGGGAGCGUAGCAUCCCAAGGUUUUGGAUUUUCCACUCCAAAUAAAGCAGGUUCGGGAGCAGCAGCAACACUGCAUCCUUCGGUACCCUCGCCAGUCAGAAUGCACCCACCUUCGGGUCCUUGUCCCAGCAGACAUCAGGCUUUGGGACCCCAAGCAGUGGAUUCUCUGGGUUUGGAUCGGGCACAGGAGCAUUCACCUUUGGAUCGUCUAACUCUUCUGUCCAGGGCUUUGGCGGCUGGAGAAGCUGAGCCAAUGUCAGCAUUCCCUCAAGUUCCUGUGAGCUCCUGUGUGCAUCUCUCCACUCUCCCAGAGCCCACAGCAACAGACUUUCAAAAGAACUUUCUCAUGAAAACGCUCAGCCAGGAAGAAACAUUGGAGACCAAAGCUCAGCAAUGCUUAACUAACUGCCUGUUCCCCGAUUUCAAAUUUUACAUCAAGGUUUUUGUCUGCUAUUAAAGUGUUUGGGCUGGUUCUGCACAGA